GGGGACUCGUUCCUUUCCAUGGUUGCCGCGCCGUUAUUGUUCUUGUACAGUAAUGACUACAUUGGUCAUUCUAUCGUGCGGGUGGCCCCGCCACAGUAAUGUGGAAUGUCCACCCUGGCGCGUGUUUCUUAAUGGAGGUGAGUUAGGCUUGCGAGGGCCGCUCACGCUCCGUGUUUUAAAGAUCUCUCGGCCUUUCCAAACCAAAUGUCACCCAGCAGCAUCAGCUGAUGUAAGCCAGCAGCGUCUGUUCUGUUUUAAUUUCAAGUGUAUUUGUUUUAACCAGCUGAGAACUCUUAACAGAGACCAGGAUAGCCCGUCUCAUUUGCAAGAGUGACCCGGGUCACUUGAAUAUUUGCUGUACGGAUGUUGAACUUCUUUCGCACCGUACGUCGCCAAUCGAGCCAAUGGGGUGCGAGAUAACAAACGAAAAACAAAAGUAAGUUCAUAUUCUUUGGGUCUUUAGGUAAAGUCAACGUAGAACAAAAAAUUUGACAAAAAACUACUUUUGAUCGCAACACAAGCAAUCCCUCCUGAUGACGAUUGCUUGUGUUGCGAUCGAAACGUAGAUUUAUAAAAAAUAAAUUGUUCGACGUGACUUUGCCGAAAGACCCAAAGAAUAUGAAUUCCUGCAGUCACGAAAGCUUUAAGUCAAGACAAAAGGAAGUUUAUGAAAAAAUUCGUUUUAAACCUAGAUUUAAAAGUGCAUAUAGCACCAGUGGCUUCCAAACAUCGCAAGAACGUUCCAGACGGCCGCAGAAGCGCAUCUUGAAAGCGCGCGACGCGGUGACCGCCUUCUUUGUUAUUUUAUGCCAUGUGGAGUCGAGUCUUUGUCGCGUGUUUUUCUCCCUGCAGUUCUCCGGUCCACUCCAUGGCCUCCGAGGCCGCUGUCCGCUCCCGCAAGGCGAGCGCCGUGGUGGGCGGCGUGCACACGGACGCGCUCUGCUGCGCAUUCGCGGACCGCGUCCUCGUCCUGGUGACGCAGCGGCCGCGUCUGGGCCUCGUCGUGAGCCUCACGGCAAUGGACGGGCCUCCGGGAUCAUCGGAGUCGCCGGCACCGCAGGGGACACAAGGGAUACCACCCCCGAGCUGUGACUCGCGUGUACUGCUCGGCAAAGACGAGCCUAUGAGCCACGUGUGCGCGCGGAACGUGGCGGGGCACGUGAGCCGCGAGGCCGGGGGGCGGCCCGUGCUGCUGGCGCUCUCCCUGAGCGGCGACGUCACCCCUGAGUUGGUGCGCUCUCUCCGCGCCAUGGUGGACACGUGCCGGGUGUGGUGACGACGACGACGACUUCCAUCGGCGAAGGUUGAACUGGAGAAUGGGCAUAGCGAGGGUAACUCGGGGAAACACGGAUUCACGCGAGGUUGAAUUUCGUCCCAGAUCUGUUGGAUCCUACCGUAACUGCAAGUCCCGUGCUGUGGAGUCAGACACGCGGUUGUGACUCAAGACGCUGUCACGCGGGGGCUAAGUGAGCAUCAUGUUGGAUGUGUGUGGGAGGGUGCGGCGUUGUAAUUGGUGAAUAUUGCACGGGGGAUUGAGUCUUUCUGGCCUUGUGUCACAGGCUGACUUACUACAAUUACUCGGGGUUGACGUUCACCAUCUCUCACCGUCCAGCCAGUCCAUGCGUAACGUUCUUGCGACAACGUUCACCGAUGCGAAUUAAGAUUUCAAGAGGCAAAAUGCACGACUCGAUGUAAUAGAGCAGCAAUGCUGAGUAAAGUCGCGUCCACAUCCACGCGAUCAGUUAUGCAACCAAAUCGCUGUCAACAUCAUGCAACUUAUUCGCCUGAAACUGCCUUGUCCACAUCUGACCGAGUAGUCAGUCAUGCAACAAGGAAAUUAAACCGCGUUUUCAAGAUUGCAAUUAACCCUAGUUCGCAAGUGUGCACGUGAUGAAAUACGUCGCUACAAAUUUCUCAGCAGAUCAAUGCUUGAAAAUGGAGUGUCUCUAGGGCAAGCAACCAGUUGCGUAACCAAUUUCUCAGGUUCAUGGCCGGCUUAAAGAUUAUUGAUGACACUGGGAGCAGUGCAAGGAAUCGCAUAUCAACCUCUUCUCCACGUAGCCCGUGCUGUAGCUGCCCACUCGCAACUCGACACCUGCGUCAUGUCACCUUGUCUCACACGUGCAAUUACAAAGUCCUGAACUUUGUUUUCACACCAAAUUGACAAAAGGUUAAUGAUAUCAGGCAUUUCGACUGUUUGUUUACUUGUAAUGCUUUGUGGGCCAGGUUACACUUUGUAAGUGACUUUUGGUCUCGGUGAGCCCUCGGUUUAAAUAAAGAAUGUUUGUAUUAAAAAUGUAUAAGACAAAUAUGUUACGUGUGGUAGAUGGAAACGUUCACAAAUCAUGCCUCGGUGAGCUUCUGGCAGAUGGCGUAGUCCCAGAGCUCGCUGCAGAAUGCACCCCGCUCGCCUUACAGCAGCGACUCGCCUACACUCCCAUACCACGGGUGCAGCGAAUAUACUCUAAAAUCUUGACUUAAAGCUUUCGUGACUGCAGAAAUUAAUAUUCUUUGGGUCUUUCGGUAAAGUCACGUAGAUAGGUUCAAACUAUAUAUAUCUUAACUUUGGAGCUUUCGUGACUUCAGGAAUUAUUCUUUGGUUCUUUCUUUGAAAUUUUCACACUUAAAUUCUAUUUCGAUUUAAAG